UGUCCUUGAGCAUUCGUUUCAAAACAUUCUGCCUUUUGUGUGUGUGGGUCACGUGUAUUUUUGCCUUGUUGUGAUUAAAUAAGUCAGAUUUAUGAGCUGAAGAAAAUGAUUUUGAAAACUGUAAAAUUUCGUGUCCACACUCAUCUGAAAAACAACAGCUGUUUGUCCUCUCUACUGCCAUCGAUCCGGGAGAAGAGCACUCGUCCGCCAAAACAAGACACAAAAUCUAAUGCAGAAAAUCAUGCUGCAAACAAGUCAUGGUCGUCAACUGUCAAUGUCCCACAAACAAAGUUUUGGCUUAGGCCAAAAGAUCGAGAACGCAUUGAAAUGGAACACAUGCUGCAAAGGAGCCGAGGUUUCAAGGAGCUAUACCAGUGGCAGCGGCAGCAAUCCUGGGCGCAGGAGUUUAUCCUGCAGGAUGGACCACCAUAUGCCAACGGGAAGGCGCAUAUUGGCCAUGCAGUCAACAAGAUCUUGAAGGACAUCAUCUUGCGGUACAAGGUGCAGCGUCGGGUGCGUGUGCGCUAUCGGCCCGGCUGGGACUGUCACGGUCUCCCCAUUGAGCUGAAGGCUCUGGGCCACACCACAGAGGAUCACACCAAGCUGGACCCACUCGCAAUCAGAGAGACAGCGUCCCGGUUCGCCUCUGAGGCGGUGUCGCUGCAGCGGACGGCGUUCGAGCGCUGGGGUCUGCUCGCCGACUGGAGCCAGUGCUACCUGACAUCUACACCGCAGUAUGUGAGCCGACAGCUGCGUCUGUUCCAGCGCCUGUACAGCCGCGGGCUGGUGUACAGGGGAUUGAAGCCCGUCCACUGGUCGCCCUCAUCCAGGACGGCGCUGGCCGAGGCAGAGCUCGAGUACAACACCCAGCACGUGAGCCGGUCAACCCACGUCCGUCUGCGUCUGGAGCGACAUACUCUGGAUACUGCUGAGCCAGCCUACCUGCUGGUUUGGACCACCACCCCGUGGACACUGCCGGCCAACCAGGCCGUCUGCUAUGGGGAACAUGUGCAGUACGUGGCUGCCCAGAUUGCCGGCCUGUCUGGGCUGUACGUGCUCUCUGCGGCAGCACUGGAGCCGCUGUCUCAGACCCUGGGAAGGAGCGUGACCGCUGUUCGAGAGGUGACCGGUGAUGAGCUGCGCCAGUGGCAGUACCGUCGGCCGGCCGUGGGACGAGAUGGAGAGGACCAGGUCCUGCCACUGCUACCGGCUGAUCACGUCACCGUUACCAAGGGGACCGGUCUGGUGCACACGGCACCCGCCCACGGUCCGGAGGACUUCCAGGUGGCGCUCAAACAUAAACUGUCUCUGGAGGUACUGGUGGAUGAGGACGGGUGUUAUACUCAGGAGGCAGGACCAGAGCUCCACCGGCGGCCCGUGCUAACAGAGGGUGACCAGAGAGUACUGGGGUUGCUAGGUGACGAUGUGGUGCACGUGGAGGACCUGGUACACAGUUACCCGUACGACUGGCGAACCAAACAGCCUGUACUACUUCUGGCCAGUCGACAGUGGUUUAUCGAUACGGAGAGGAUCAAACAACGAGCGUUGGAAUGUCUUUCCGAGGUGACUAUUCUCCCGGAGUCAAUCCAGUCCAAUAUGGCUGACCAGCUGCGUCGCCGACCCUACUGGUGUAUCUCCCGUCAGCGCGUCUGGGGCGUACCGGUCCCGGCCUUCUACGAUAGGGACACCGACGAGCCCAUUGUCAAUGAUGCGAUCAUCACCCAUCUGAGUGAUCUGGUGUCCGCUCACGGAGCUGACGUCUGGUGGGAACGACCCGAGGAGGAGCUGCUGCCACCGGAGAUGGUCCGCCAGUACCGCGACGCGGGCCGGCAGCUGCCCCGGAAAGGAACGGACAUUCUGGACAUCUGGUUCGACUCGGGUGCGGCCUGGUGGUCCUCCGACCCGGACUGUGAGCCCGAGCGGGCGCCGCGGGCCGACCUGUACCUGGAGGGAGUGGAUCAGUUCACCGGCUGGUUUCAGAGCUCGCUGCUCACCUCGGUGGCCGUGGCCGACCGGGCGCCGUACAGGAGUAUCUUCGUGCACGGCUUUGUGAUGGAUGAGCACGGCCGAAAGAUGUCCAAGUCCCUGGGUAACGUGGUGGACCCGACGGACGUCAUUUUAGGCAGCCAGAGCGAACCCAAGAGGACCGCUUACGGCGCAGACUGCCUCAGGCUGUGGGUGGCCGGACAUGCCACCAACAACACACAUAUCACCGUGGGCGAGUCGGUGCUAACCAGCACGGCCGAGCGGCUGCACAAGAUUCGCAACACGUGCCGCUUUCUACUGGGGGUGCUGAGCCGACACGACGCCGCGCGACCCGUGCCGCCCGAACAGAUGGAGUGGGUGGAUAGGAACAUGCUGCAUCGACUGGCGGAGUACACGGACCAGUGUGCUGAGGCGUAUGACAAGUAUCAGUUCAACCGUGUGUUGGCACUGCUUACGGCGCUAGUUACCAACGAGAUCUCCGGCUUGUAUAUCCACAUGACUCGACACAGGCUAUACUGCGGUGACCUGAGCAGCGUGGCCGGCCGGUCGGUGCUGACCACCAUGCACCACGUGCUAUCAGUGGUGCGACAGACGAUGGCACCCAUCCUGCCGCAUCUGGCAGAGGAGCUGGUCCUACAUGGGCACGACGGAG